UGGAGCACACAACUAAUUUCGAGCUGAACGCUGGACUGCGAUGGACUGAGAGUGCACACGGUGCGCGUGCGCGAAAAUGGAUGCAUGGGCUAAAGAGUAGGGGGUGAAAGUGUGCGAAAGAUCGUCUCCAUGAAUAACUACCGCGCAUGCCAGAGAUAUCCGCGUUCUGACACCACUGCAUUGCACCAGGAUUCUCAUUGGCUGUAUAUGGCGCACUUUUUCCAAAAUUAUUAACUGUAUGAUUGCGUCAUUUUUAUAAAAAAGCAGGCAAACUCGCUUAAUCUUCCGGUCAAAGUUUUCGAAGUUUGUCGAGAAAAACCAGUAGUAAUUAUUUCUUGGGAAGGUUUGGAACCCGAGAAAUCUUCUAUAUUAUUAAAUGGCCAUAUGGACGUUGUGCCUGUCUAUCCCGAUGAAUGGAAAUAUCCACCCUUCGCAGCCCAUAUGGACGAAAAAGGAGAUAUUUACGCCCGAGGGAGUCAAGAUUGUAAAUGCAUUAGUAUUCAGCACCUAGAGGCAAUUCGUCGAUUAAAAUUAAAUGGAAUUCGAUUAAAAAGAACAAUUCACAUCUCGUUCGUACCAGAUGAAGAAACUGGUGGAAAAAAUGGAAUGGGAGCUUUCGUAGAAACUCAGGAUUUCAAAAACUUAAAUAUUGGUUUUGCACUAGACGAAUCAUUACCAUCUGGAAGUGAUGAUACCCAUGUUAUUUUAUAUGGGGAAAAAUGUUUGUGUCGAAUUUGGAUACAUUGUCCUGGAAAUUGUGGACAUGGGUCAUUAUUACUAGAAAACACUGCCGGAGAAAAAUUAAAUGUGAUAAUCGAUCGAUUCAUGAAAUUUAGAGAGAGUGAAAAAGUCAAGCUAAAGGAUCCAAAAGUGCAGUAUGGUGACAUCACUUCUGUUAAUUUAACCGUAAUAAAGGGCGGUGUGCAAUUAAACGUGAUUCCGAAAGAACUGUCAGUUGGUUUCGAUAUUCGAAUCGCUCCUGACGUAAAUCACGAAAAAUUUGAAAAUAUGAUUAAAGGAUGGUGCGAAGAAGCUGGAAAAGGGGUUUAUUACACUUAUGAAAACAAAGAUCCUUUUAUUGAAAAUUCAAAAUUAGACAAAAGCAAUAUUUUUUGGAUUGCAUUUAAAAAGGCCUGUGAUGAUUCUAAAGUGAAAUUGAAUCCUAUUAUUUGCCCUGGAACGACAGAUGCGCGUUAUUUACGUGCUAUUGGGAUACCAGCUUUUGGAUUUUCUCCACUGUUCGACACUCCAAUUCUCGCUCAUGAUCAUAAUGAGUUUCUGAAUAAAGACAUUUUCCUGAAAGGAAUACAGGAAUUUAUAAAAAUUAUUCCUGCGGUAGCUAAUGUUUAGCGAAAUAUGUUUAUAUAUGUAAUAAAUUUCAUACUUUAGUUUAAAACAUUUAAAAUGUUCAGAAAUUGAUUAUUUAAUCAGAUAAAGUUUAAUUUUAAUAAUGAAAUG